ACCAGAAAAACAAGACUGCUUUGAGUUACAUCAGCAAAUUAGGGUGGAGGGGCUUGCAACAUAAAGAGACAGAGAGCAAGAACAACACGACAGACAAAGAAAACCUGGACCUGACAAAGAGGUGGUAAAAACAGACUCCAUCUGAAGGUGUAGUUACCACAAAGUGACCAUGACUGAGUACAAGCUAGAGGUGACAACUGGUCACAUGGAAGAUGCAGGAACAUGGGACCACAUAUAUGUCACUUUAAUUGGAACUGAAGGGCAGAGUGAAAGAACUGAGCUGGACAACUUUGGCAUUGACUUUGGAAGUGGAAAAAUGGGGACCUACACCAUGAAAACCAGUUUGUCUCUGGGGAGACUUCUGCUGGUCAAGGUGGAGAAAGAUCCUUUUUUCCUUCUCCCAGAAGAUGAGUGGUACUUCUCCAAAAUAGUGGUGACGACUCCAGAAGGAGAUGCCAUUCUUUUCCCCUGUUACAGAUGGAUCUCCAGGGGAGAACUGGUGGAACUGAGAGGAGGGAAAGCCAUCAAGGAUUUUGAGGAGGACCAUCCCCUGUUGAUUGAACACCGCAGAAAAGAGCUGACAAUGAAAAAGAGCUUUUACCAAUGGAAAAUUAUGGCUGAAGGACUACCCCACAUCAUCCAUUUUGAGAAAGCAACUGAGCUCCCAGCUGAAGUCCGUUUCUCUAAGUCCAGACACAAUGAACUAGAAGAAACAAAAACUUUAAACGUCAUUGAACUCAAGCUUAAAGGGCUGCUUGGAUCUGCUGAAGAAUGGGAAAGCAUUGAAGACAUAAGAAAAAUCUUCUGGUAUAAAAAGACAACAGUAUCAGAGUAUGUUGCAGAUCACUGGAAGGAAGAUGCCUUUUAUGGAUUCCAGUUUCUGAAUGGACUCAACCCGAAUGUGAUCAAGCGCUGCUCUGAGCUUCCCUCAAACUUUCCAGUCACAGAGGAGAUGGUGAGCCCAUUCCUAGUAGAGGGAAGCUCUCUGGAGGAGGAAAUGGAGAAAGGCAAUAUAUUCCUGUACGACCAGAAGAAGAUGGAUGGAAUACCCCCGAGAGCCAACAAUGGUGAACCUCUGCACGUGACUGCUGGUCUCUGUUUGCUCUACUUGAACCCAGCAAACAAACUGAUGCCAAUAGCAAUACAGUUGCAUCAACAACCUUCUGAGCAGAACCCCAUCUUUCUGCCCAGUGACCCAGAGACUGACUGGCUGCUGGCCAAGAUGUUUAUUAAAAAUGCAGAUUCCAUGGAUCAUCAAGCAGUUCAACACCUGAUGAACACUCACCUUCUGGCAGAGGUCUUUACUGUUGCUGCUGUCCGCUGCUUCUCAGAGAUUCAUCCCCUCUACAAGCUGCUGUUUCCACACUUCCGGUACACCCUUGACGUAAACAUUGGAGCCCGCAUACAUCUCUUUGGACCUGAGGGGAGUCUGAAUAUAAGCUCACUUGGAUGUGACGGACUGACAGAGGUCAUGAGAAGGUCUCACUCUGAGAUGACCUACAGCUUCCUCUGUCUCCCAGAGAACAUCACUGCACGAGGACUGGAGUCCAUACCCAACAACUACUACAGAGAUGAUGGCCUGAAGGUGUGGAACAUCAUCAACAGCUUUGUGAAGGCAGUACUGGAGUACUAUUAUCCCUCAGACAGUGAUGUGUGUAGAGACACUGAGCUGCAGGAAUGGAUCAGUGAGAUAUUCACACAUGGCUUCUUCGGGAAUGAAGCCUCAGAGAUUCCAGCAUGCUUUUAUACUGUCGAGGAUGUGAUCAAGUUCAUCACCAUGGUGAUCUUUACAUCAACGGCUCAACAUGCUGCAGUAAACAAUGGGCAGUACGACUACUACUCCUGGGUGCCCAAUGGCUCACUCCUGCUUCGCAAACCACCUCCUACGACUAAGGGGGAGUCAAGCUUGAAGACAAUUUUGGAGACCCUCCCAGAUGUUGGCGAGACAGUCAGCUUUGCAGAUCUGUCGUGGCUACUGACGAGCAAGUACACGGAUACUGUUACCUUGGGUUCAUACCCUGAGGACCGAUUCAAUGAGCCUGCCCCUAAGCAGAUGAUUAAGGAAUUUCAAGCGGAGCUGUCCUGCCUCAGUGAAGCAAUUACAGCAAGAAACUCCCAGCUUGAAGUGCCCUACACAUAUCUGAAUCCUACUGAGAUAGAGAACAGUAUAACCAUUUAAGAAAGUCUGAGGAAAGCAUUCUGCAUGACACAUUAUAUCCAUGUAUUUCUCAACAUUGGUCUUGCAUGCUGGGGGGUGCGAUAUACUUAGCAUAUGGCAAAUACAGUAGGUUGUGUGUUGAUGGAUGAGCCUGUGGUAUGGUAACAAUUUUAAUAUGUUGCUGUACGAAUCAGGUACCAAAAACAAAAAUGUAAAAAAUGUAAUGACAAUAAAAAAAACAAGGAUAUGGUGAACAAGGUAAAAACAAUUGGCUUUUUAGAGGGAAAGAGGAAUAAACUCUACUCUUUUUGUAACAGCUGAGUAUCUACUGACUUUAGUCCUGAAACAAAACUUGAGCUUGGGGUACAUGGUGUUAAAUAUGCUGUGGAAUAGGGCUGGGCGGUAUACCGGUUUGUACCGAAAACCGGUAUUUAUUUUCGUUAUGAUAUGAAUUUUUCAUAUACCGCAAUACCGGUGAAUAGCCCAAACAACGUCCGGAACGUGCGCGGCGGGAAAGUGUUUCAGCGGGGACCCAUUUCACCGCUGCACACCACAGGCACGCUUGAGCGGGUGAGAGUGAGAGCAUAGAAAAGUUUAGAGGCGAGAAUGGCUGCCGGAGAGAGUCCUGAAAGCAAAGCAACUGUACACGAUGACCCAGAAGAACUCAUACCAAAAAGAGCAGUGUUUCCCCUAUAUGCAACUAGCAGUGGCGCACCGCCGUUUACAAUUCUCCUCUGCCCUCUGUAUCGCGCACGGCGGAGUUUCGCCCCGAUGUACGCACGCACACACACACACACACACACAAAGCGCACACACACAGGUAAGCACACUAGAGCACGGCUCGGACCGCAUUUUCCUGACCGAAGACGACCCGUCCCUAGUCUGAGACAGUUACGGCCAGGCUCCACCGGGCACGUCACCGGCGCGACACGUCUGCAGCGCGAGUCCCGUAGUAGCUCGCCCCCCCUGUUAAUCAAUUACAGCGGCUCCGCCGGCAACGGGAGUGGCGCGACAACCCCCAUCUGUCGCGCAACAACUCUCUAUUUUUGUCGCGCUACGCUCCCCUACGCGACCAUCCAGCAGAUAAAAACUACAUGAAAUAGUGUGCUAAACGAGCACAAUGUGUUUUUAAAUGAAUAAACCAUUAUCAGAGGUGAUACGUGAUGAUUUUUUUUCAUGCAUUUACCCAUGUUUAUCCGUGACAUUGUGUAAAUGUCCGUGGCGGACAUUUGAAAGCGAGUAGAUGACAAAACAGUACAGUAAACUUGUAGAUAACUCAAAUAUAUUUAAUAACUUAGGUGGAAAAUGCUUUAACAUUUCAUGCAGCCUACAUGCAGCCUCUCAGCUCGGCAAAUGGUAAACAUCCCCGCUGGCUUCUCUACGUGUCACUUCGGUACGCAGUCAGUGGAGCUCAAAUAAAUGGAGCGGAGCGUGUGUUGUGUUCAGGCAUUGUCAGGUAAAUAACAAAUUCCGGCACUUGAAUAGGCCAUAGCACAACACAGCAGCAUGUCAAGUUGGCCGAACCUGAGCAAAAUACCGUGAAAUACCGUGAAACCAAUAUGAUUUUUUCUUAAAACCGUGAUAUGAAAAUUUUGUCAUACCGUCCAGCCCUACUGUGGAACAUAUAAAGUGAUUUUGUUAGAACUAACUAGUUAUGAUAUGCUACCAAAACUGUAGGGGUAGAGUAAUAUCAACACUAUAUUUAGUAUUAGUAUUCAGUUAGCAUAAGUAUCUAUGGCUGUGUAUUCAAAAGGACAUCUAGAUCCAGAUGCAUAUAGAACAUGAUGUCAUAAACUUGUACUUUUACUUAAAUGAAUAAAGGAGCAACUUGA